AUGGAGUUCCUGAAGUGGGUCCAGCAGAGGGCAGUGAAGACGGGACUGGAACAUCUCUCUUACGAGGAAAGGGUGUGGGUGCUGGGCCUGAUCAGCUUCGAGAAAACUGAGAGGGGACCUCCGAGCACUGGAGCGGAUUGUCCAGAGACACUGUGGGGUCCCCCAGUGAGGGUAGAACCGUCUGGACACAAUCCUGUACCAUGUGCUCUGGGAUGUCUCUGCUUGAACAGGGACGUUGGACUACAUGAGCCACUGUGGUCCCUUCCAGCCCGAGCUGGAAGUCCCUUCUGUGAGUCUGUGACGGCCGCGUCAGCCCCGCCGGCGGAGGCAGCGGGGCGAGGGCACAAAGGCUGCUCGGAACGGCGGCGGCGGGCGGCGGGGCAGCAUUGUCAGCGGCACCAGCUGGAUCGUCACUUCCGGUGCGCCACUUCCGUCGGUGGGCCGGUGCGGGCGGCGGCCGCCAUGGGGAGCCGCGGGCAGGUUUUGAAGCUUUUUAAGUUGUUGCACAGAACACGGCAAGAAGUUUUUAAAAAUGAUACCAAAGCCCUUGAAGCUGCAAGACAAAAGAUAAAUGAAGAAUUCAGAAAUAACCGAGACGAGAAAUCUGAAGAGAAGAUAAAUGAGCUUCUGAAAAUAGCUUCAGAUGUUGAAGUGAUUCUCAGAACUUCUGUUAUUCAGGCGGUUCACACAGAUUCUGACAAAAUAGUACUCAUACCCAGGAAAGAUGUGCUACAAGACAACACUCCUUACUUAGAUAAACCAACAAAAAAGCAAGAAUCCUGAGGAAGUAUUGUUACCAGGAAAAAAGAGACUAAAAUCAACUCACUGAUUUUCUUGAAUGCUAUUUACUAUCAUAUACUUGUUCUGUGGAAGAUACUAAUACUUCCACAGAACUUAAAAGUACACUGCUGAAUUGUGUUACUUCAGCCAGGAGUGUUUCUGAUUAUGACAGCUGUCAGACAGAGACUGUUUCCCAGAAAUCCAGAGUUUUUCAAAGCUAUGUAAAAAAUAAAUGGAGUACUUAAUACUGAUAAUAUUUAUUCUUAAGCUUAUUGUCAAUCAUAAGCUUCUUUGAAGUAAUGGAAAAACAUCUUGUGGCAUUUAACAUUAAAUGUAUGCUUUUCACCAAAAGCAUGGUUUCUGAAGUUGUCAUUAAUUGUACGCUGGUAUCCUGUGAUGCCUGAGAGAGUUCUUAAAGGUUUGUCUGAAUAAAUGAUUCGUGUUUGACAGAUGGGA